UACCCAUGUGCGCCCAGCUCCAAGUUUUUUUACAAUGCAAACUCUCAGUCACAGUUUCAGCGUUAAGAACGCUAAUUCGCGAUAAAGUUGAUAUAUCCACAAGUAAAUUAAACAUAAUUAAGUGUAUUGUAGAAGACAAUAUCUCAAAGGCCGACAUGCGUUCAUAAUAUAAAAGAAAAACAGUUGCUCGUUGAUAGCAGCAGCAGCCACAGUAACAACAACAAGUCCAGCUCGAUAGCGGAUAAUCUGCUGGAGUCUUCGUCUGUGUUUUUGACUUCUUUGUGUGUGCAAUUUUCCGCAUCGAAUUUCAAGUCAAAAUGUGCUUGGAACUUUGACGUCAUCAACAACAACAAAAGAAACAGAGCAGCAGGCAGCAGAGAACUUUGCCCUGUCCUCGCCUCGACCAACAACAACAACACAAACGACAAUCGGAAAUUUGCUGCUGAGGUGAAAGUUUUUUUGUAAUCAUUGGAUUAUUAAGUGAUUGUUAUUGAAAAUGGAACGCUGGCUGGCUGCUCAUGACUGUGAGGAGGAUGCAAUGGCCGCACCCUCUGUCUGCCCAGCGGCAGCUGCAGUUGCGGCCGCCUUGCCUUCCGCCCAACGCAUCCACGGCGACAUCAGCGCCAAUCGACUCUGGACAUUUCGUGUGUUGAUGAACGAGGAGAUCUCCGCGUGCGAGCAGCUGGCGAUUGUGGGCAGUUGUGAGGCGCUGGGCAAUUGGGAGCAUAGCGGAGCGGCUUUAAUGAGCCGACAGGAGUCGCAGGAGGAGGAAGACGAGGGCCACGUGUGGACGGCUCAGGUGUAUAUACCACAGCAUUGUGACACAAAGUAUCGUUAUAUGGUCUGCGGCGUGGAUGCCGCAUCGGAGCAGCUAUUGGUGCGUCGCUGGGAGGUGCAGCUGCAACCGAGGUGCAUUGAGGAGAUAGAUGAGCAGCCGACAGAGUGCCAGGACACGUUUGGCUAUGUCAAUGGCAUGCACAAAGUGGAUCGCGGCUGGCUGACCAAAGAAUCGCUGGUGCAGCUAAAGUUCUUUUAUGCGCCCUUCACCUGGAAACAGCGCAUGAAACGACGUCUGGUGCACGUCAAGGUGACGCCCAUGAAUUUGCGCAUACCCGUCAACGGCUGUGCUGAGGUGGCGCCCGGGUCAUCGCUCGAGGAUUCGCUAUCGAAUGACACGCACGACACUCGUGAAAAUGGCAACGACAGCACAGCCUUUGCCUUCAGCGAGGUGGUCACCCUGAGCGCAAAUGAGUGCGAACUGCGCAUUCAGGAGCAAUUUGGUGUAGCUUGCACGGCCAGCGACUUGGUUAUCUUUCAUCUGACCGUUUCCGAUCUGGAGAAUACGGCUUAUCUGGUUGAUUUGUACAGUUAUAGCUCGAAAGUGGCAAGAGAAGAUGGCCCGCCGUUGCACUUGGGCUAUCAUUAUGUAUUGCCCAAUUUGUUUAAGCGCUCCGAGGGCAAUCUUGAGCUACCCAUUACCUGCGCCAAGGGCCAUCGUCCGCUGGGCAUGAUGCGGCUGGGCUAUCUGAUAGUCCGACCUUCCUCUCACAGCGCCCACAUGGACAUGCGCGUGAGCUAUGCUCGCUAUUGGAACAAUAAGUGGACCGGCCUGGACGUGGGGCAUCGCGGCUCCGGCACCAGCUUUAAGGCCAAGGAUGCAGUUAUCCGGGAGAACACAAUCACAUCGCUAAAGAAUGCCGCCGAACAUGGCGCCGACAUGGUGGAGUUCGAUGUGCAACUUAGCAAGGAUCUUGUGCCGGUUGUAUAUCAUGAUUUUAUGAUAUAUGUAUCGCUGAAGAGCAAGUGCAGCAUGCAGGAGCAUGACUUUCUGUCGCUGCCCAUGCGCGAAUUGACGCUGGAGCAGCUAAGGAAAUUGAAAGUCUAUCAUACGGCCGAAGGGCUGUCACGUGAGACGCGAUCCUUUCAAAACGAGGAUCAGCUGGAGCAUCAGCCGUUCCCGCAGUUGGCGGAUGUGCUAGAUGCGUUAGAUGAGCAUAUAGGAUUUAAUAUAGAAAUCAAGUGGUCGCAGCGUCUGCAAGACGGUCGCAUGGAGGAGGAGUUUGAGCAUGUGGUCGAUCGCAAUCUUUACAUCGAUUGCAUUCUGGAUGUGGUGCUGCGCAAAGCGGCCAGCCGUCGGAUUGUAUUCAGCUGUUUUGAUCCAGACAUAUGCACCAUGUUGCGCUACAAGCAGAAUCGUUAUCCGGUCAUGUUCCUAACGCUUGGACACACCUCCAAGUACGAGAAGUAUAUGGACCCGCGAGGUAAUUCCAUGGAGACGGCCGUGUGGCAUGCUGUUGCCAUGCAGCUGUUAGGCAUUGUGGCGCACACGGAGGACUUGUUGCGAGAUCCCAGCCAGGUAAAUCUGGCUAAGGAGCGUGGCCUCGUGCUUUUCUGCUGGGGCGAUGACAACAAUUCCAAAGACACCAUCAAGCUGCUUAAGGAAUUGGGUCUGCAUGCCAUUAUUUAUGACAAAAUGGAUGUCCUAACCACCAAGGAGGUCAAGCAAAGCGUUUUCUUGUUGCAGGCAAAGGACAGCCAAAAGGAGAUGCUCAAAUUGCAGGCACUCGAAAUGGGCCACGUCUGGCACACCUCCGCAUCGGGCAGCGAGGAGCAGCAGGCCUGAACUUUGCAUAGCUUUAGCUUAACACAUUAACCGCAAUCCGAGACAGCUGAUUGAAAGAUGUUUAUUUAUAUAUUUUCUGUGGAUCAGUCUGUUCUCAAUGGAAACUCUCCAAUUACAUAAAUAUUGCGAACACACAUACAUGAAAACACACACACACACACACACACGUACUCAUUUUCUCGUCUAGCCAAUUUACAUUUGCAUUUUCUAGUAAAUUUUAAUUGUUUUUCUAAGUUGCCUACUGAAAUCUUUUUCCUACGGUAUCAAAUUGUUUUUGUUUUUCUAUGCACUGAUUAACGCUUGUUAUUACAGUCCACUCUAUAUUCCAAUUUUUACAUUUUCAAAUAUCUUUUAUUGAAUGCAACUGCGAAAAAUUGAUUUACAAUAAAAUAAAUGAUAAAAUAA